CAAAUUCAUACAAGAUGCUCACAGGCAAACAAAUAAUUAUAAAAUGUGAAUGGUGAAUCUCCAAAUUAAUCAUAUAAAAAAUACAUAUAUACUAAACGCUGAUAUGUCAAACUCUUGACAUGGAGUUAAAAAGUUGUCUCUGCUUGCGCAUCUUGUUCUAAUCGCCUUCUGUUUACAUUUGAUAAAUGUCAUAAUUGACAUUUUUUUGUAUUGUAUUACCUUGGUAUCGACAAAUUUCCAGGAAGAAUAUUUAUUAAAAAAUAUAAAUAAUAAACAAUGAAAGGCUGCCUUUUAUGUCUAGAAAUUAGACAGGAUUUGGUAGGUAGUAUACAAGUGGACUCCAUUAAAUGGCAAGAGUUAAAUGUGCAAAAUUUAAUUGAAAAACAUUUCUGGCCCAUGGAAUCUAUACAAAAAUCCGGUUCAUGGCUAUGUACCGGUUGUUGGCAAGAACUUUACGAUUUUCACAAGUUUUACGUACGUGUAGAGGAAGCUCAUGCAGAAUUGGGAACGUCGUUGAAGAAAGUUGAAUCGAUCUGCCUAAAAACAGAUGAGACACAAAAUGAAGAUUUUAAGCCUUCCAUAGAAAACGUAUCAUUCAAUGAAACACAUUUUGAACCAGAAAUUUCAUUAAAGGAAACACUUCAUAGUGGAAAUCUUCUUGAGGAAGAAGAUAUGGUUAUAAAAGAAGAAGAACAAAGUGAAGAGCCUUUGGAAGAAGAAAAUCUUCCAUUUACCAGAAAUAAGAAAACACGUCAAGCGAGGAAUGUCUUAGAGGAAACUAGUACGGCUCCUGAAGAUCCCUUAAGUAAGAAGACACAAAACAAAAAGAAUGCCACUAGAAAACCGAGAACAGCAAAAGUAAAGGAUUCUAAAAGAUCUAGUGAAAAGGCUGAAACGAAUACCACAAAGUUCACUGAAACUACAGAAGAUAAUCCCAUUAAAGAUGACCCUGAUUUAAUGGAUACAAAUGAUGACGAGGGUAAUAACUUGGACACAGAUACAGACUCUAACUACGAGCCCGACAAAGAUGCAACAGAAAUCGAUGAAAAGAAAUCAGCAGGCAAAUCUUCGAAGAGUACAAAUCAUGAAAAUGAUAAAUUCCUAACGGAAAACUUUAAAAUUACCUGCAGUCUUUGUCAAGCUCCAGCUGAAACAUUUCAUGCUCUCUGCAAACACUUUAAAACAGUACACAAACAAAUCGGUUUUGUUAUCUGUUGCAAGAAGAAAUUCUACAGACGUAGUCUUCUUGUCGAUCAUGUACAUCAGCAUGUAGAUCCAAAUUAUUUUAAAUGUACUAUUUGCGAUAAAGUAAUGGCCGAUCGCAAAUGUUUGAAUAUGCACAAUAAAACCCAUAACGAUAAAAAGGAAAAGGUACAUCCUUGUGAUAUUUGCAACAAGAAAUUUAGUAUGUAUAUGUCAUUAAAACUGCAUAAAAUGUCUCAUUUAUCGGAAGAUGAAAAGCAUGUGCCAUGUACGGAAUGUGGCAAGAAGUUUGCCAGUAAAUCACUGCUGUCCAAUCAUGUGCGUUCGGUACAUUUAAAGAAAUAUAUAAAUAUCUGCGAUAUAUGUGGCCGAUCGAUAAGAUGUAAGGAAGUUUUUGAGCGGCAUAUGCUGCAGCAUGAAGGCAAACCAUUGCCCACAGUGAGUUGUGAUGUUUGUGGCCUACUAUUGGCUAAUAAGCAUAGCUUAAAGCAGCACAAACUUAUGGUACAUCCUGAGGGUGGCAAAAAGGAAUUCACCUGUCCUGUCUGUGCUAAGAUCUCACCCAAUUUGAAGGCUCACAAAAAACAUGUACAAUAUAAUCAUGAAUGGGGUUACGAUCACAAAUGUACAAUGUGCGAAAAAGCUUUUAAAACGGCACACACUUUAACGGAACAUAUGGCUUCUCAUACGGGUACAGUGCUCUAUACCUGUCCUUGGUGUCCAAAAACCUUCAAUUCAAAUGCCAAUUUCCAUAGUCAUCGUAAAAAGAGUCAUCGUAAAGAGUGGGAGGAGGCUACACGUAAAAAAUAUUCAGGCAAUUUACCACCAAAUUAUAAUCCACCACCUCCUGCUCCACCUUCAAACAAUACUAAUGAUUGUGAAAUACCUCUUUAUAUGUAAUGAAAAUACUAAAGCUAAUAAAAUUUAAAAUGCAAUUAAUUUCAAGAAAAAUGUUUAAUACAUUAUAACAA